AUGCAGCUGCCGCCGGUCACCCACAAGAAGCAGCACCAGGUUCUGCUGCAGCAUUCGUUGCUGUUGCUGCUGUUGCUGCUGCUGCUCCUGCCGGGGUCCAGCUGUUCAGCGCUUGCGCACCACAUCAAGACGAGGCGGGGGAUUGAUGUUCCGGCUUUCCUCCUAAGCCAUCCGUCCUCUCUAAGCUGCAGCAGCAGCAGCACCGGGUGCUGCUUUGGCGAGGGAGGUUUCGAGUGUGCAGCGCAGCAGCAGCACCAACGCGGUUCCUUGCAUAAUCAGGCCUGCUGUGGCAGAAGCAGCAGAAGCAGCAAUGACCGCCGCCCUUCAGGAGAGACCAGGCUGUGGGUACGAAAGUUUUUGAAUCUGCGGGACCCGGAGGAGCCAAGACCAGAUGUGGAGGAGGUAGCGUGGAAGGACAUGAAACCCAAGUUUUUGAAUCUGCGGGACCCGGAGGAGCCAAGACCAGAUGUGGAGGAGGUGGCGUGGAAGGACAUGAAACCCAAGGUGGAGGUGUUGGCGCUGAAAGUGGGUAUGACUUCUCUCUUCGCCUCUGACGGCACUACUGAGGCCGCCACUUUGCUGCAGGUCAUCCCGGCCACUAUCGUGCAGUUCCUAGAAUACGGAAAAGCCCUCGUCGCAUUUGAGGACCCCCUACACAACCACCGUUUUCUGCGGCGGUCUGUUCUGGGGGUACUGCAGCGUGUCGGGAGCAGCGGGAGCGCCACGAGCACGGCAGGGGCGCGCAGCAGUGGCAGCUGCGGCAGCAGCACAAUGGCUGCAGUGUACGCACAGCCUGCAGCAGACUACGUCCUGGGGCAGAUUAUUGAUGCCUCCGCUCUGGUGGGUGCGGCCCGCGUCACCAUCAAAGGCCGCCCCAAGAAGAAGGGAUUCGAAGGCGUCAUGCAGAGGCACGGAUUCAAGGGGGGCCCUGCAACGCACGGUUCGAAGCACCACCGGGGCCCCGGGUCUGUGGGUGCGGGUACCGACCCCGGGCGGGUGUUGCCCGGGACACGGAUGGCAGGGAGGGACCCGAAGCAGAGUAGCACCGUCAGAGAUUUGUUGCUGCUGGGGUUCAACCUGAAGACCAAUUCGCUGCUGGUUAAAGGCGCAGUACCUGGGCACCCAGGAAAAACAAUUGUAAAAGUCCUGUGGGACAGAGCGAGAGAGCAGGAGAAAGAGCUGCGGCAGCGACUCAAGAAGGCUGCAGCAGACGAAUUCGUCGAACAGAAAAAGGGAAGGCCAACGGGAUAG